AUGGACGCAUCUCGAUUCGUGACGCUAUAUCUGGGCCUGCUACUUGUUUUCCUUGGGAAUAUACCGUGUUUCCAGUCUGCUGCUAUCAUCUCUCCCUCUGCGCCGAGGAGAAACAGGGGAGCCCGGAUCUCUCAUCGGGACGGACAAAGGUCAUCCAAAACCCUAAAAGACAUCUUCGCGUCUACGCACCCCAUCGUGGGCCAUCACAAAGAAGCCGCUAUUGUGCCGCAUGAAUACAUGCUCUCCAUAUACAGGACAUACUCGGCUGCAGAGAAGCUCGGACUAAACGCAAGCUUUUUCCGCUCAUCGAAAUCGGCCAACACCAUAACAAGUUUUGUGGACAGAGGAACAGACGAUCUUUUGCACUCUCCUCUGCGAAGACAAAAGUAUCUGUUUGAUGUCUCAACCCUUUCAGACAAAGAGGAGCUGGUCGGGGCGGAAUUAAGGAUAUUCCGGAGAGGGCCCGGGGAUUUGCAGACUUCCCUGCAGACGACGGGCCUCUACGACAUCCAGCUGUACCCCUGCCGCUCGGACAGACUGCUGGACUCCAGGUCUCUGGACCCGCUGGACUCCACCAAAGCCGGCUGGGAAGUUUUGGACGCGUGGGAAAUGUUUAAAGCACACCAGCAUCACUAUCAUCACCCCCACCAUCAUCAGCAGCAGCAUCACUACCAGCAGGGGGGCCAGCUCUGCUUCCAGCUCCGCGUCACUUUGCGCAAAUCAAACACCGAGGUGGACCUGAGGCAGCUGGGGCUGGGCAGGAGCGGACGGUCCCAGCAGGAGAAGGCCAUCCUGGUGGCCUACACGCGCUCCAAGAAAAGGGAGAACCUGUUCAACGAGAUGAAGGAGAAGAUCAAGUCGCGCGGCGAGAAGGAGGAGGUGGCGGCGGCGGUGGAGGAAGAGGGGGUGUCGCUGAGGGGGGUUAAAGGAGACGGGCCCCGGCGGCGGCGGAGGACCGCGCUGAGCAACCGGCACGGGAAGAGGCACGGCAAGAAAUCCAAAUCCAGGUGCAGCAAAAAGGCGCUGCACGUGAAUUUCAAAGAGCUGGGCUGGGACGACUGGAUCAUUGCGCCUCUGGAUUACGAGGCGUACCACUGCGAGGGGGUGUGCGAUUUCCCCCUGAGGUCGCACCUCGAGCCAACCAACCACGCCAUCAUACAGACGCUCAUGAACUCCAUGGACCCCAACAGCACCCCACCCAGCUGCUGCGUCCCCACCAAACUCAGCCCCAUCAGCAUCCUGUACAUAGACUCGGGCAAUAACGUGGUGUACAAACAGUACGAGGACAUGGUGGUGGAGCAGUGUGGGUGCAGGUAG